UGUAGCCGCGACCGAACUGUGCGAGAGCGGGACUGCUGCAUCUGAGGAACUAGGGGCAAUUUCAACGGUGAUGCGGGAUAUUUAAAAAGCGAUCUGGGAUAUUUAAGAAGCGACCUAGGAUUACGGGCUGUGUUAUGAAAAUCGGGACUGUCCUGCGUGUGUGACACUUGGGAGUAUAAUCUCUGAACAUGACAACGGAAACAACAUCUGGCAUUGAAUUAAAUAAUUCAGGACAGCCUGGGGAUCAAGAAGAGCAUACUGGGAUUUCUAGUAAAGAGAGUAAAAAGGUAGAAGAAAAUAUAGACCAAGAAAUUGUGAAUAACCCUGGGGAAACGGAGCAAGUAAUAGACCCACCUUCUCCUUCUACAAGUGCUGGGCAGCAGAGCCCAGGAAAACGACAAAAGGAGAUACCUGAAAGCAAAGGGAUUUCUAGAUUUUUGCCUCCAUGGCUUAAAAAACAAAAAUCACAGAGUCAGGUUGAUACAAAUGAAAAUGGAGACAAAAACAUCCUCCGUGAAAAAGGUAGUGCUGAAGAGGGUUCAAGUCCCUCUCAGAUAAAAGAGGAAGUGGAUAUUGGAGGUGAAAAAGAUCAGCCCGUGGCAAUAAAAGCAGAUGAUAAGGAAGAGAAACGGUCUAUUAGUACAGAGAUUCAGCCUACUAAGGAAGAUAACAACAUAGAUGACAAACAAAAGAUUGCUGAUGAAAAGGAGGAAAAACAAGAAGGUGAAAAGGACACUAGAGAUGCCCAACAUACAGAAGGAAAGAAGAUCUUGCACAAAACCCCCAAGAAGAUGAAAACCGUAAUGUGCAAAGUAAAAUUGUUGGAUGGGACUGAAUACAGCUGUGAUAUAGAGAAACGUGCAAAGGGACAGGCAUUAUAUGCAAACGUCUAUGAACAUCUUAAUUUACUGGAAACUGACUAUUUUGGAUUGACCUGUCAAGAUUCUGCUUACCAGAAAAACUGGCUGGAUCCAACAAAGGAAAUCAAGAGACAAGUCAGACGGACCCCAUGGCUUUUUGUCUUCAGUGUGAAAUUCUAUCCUCCUGAUCCUUCACAGUUAUCCGAAGACUUAACAAGAUACUUGCUGUGCCUUCAACUCCGUCAGGAUGUUUCUUCUGGUCGUCUACCAUGUUCAUUUGCGACUCACACAAUCCUUGGUUCCUACACACUUCAGGCUGAGUUGGGAGAUUAUGAGACAAGUGAGCAUAGUGAUGACUACAUCAGUGGUUUUCAAUUUGCUCCUAAUCAGACAAAGGAAAUGGAAGAUAAAAUUGUGGAGCUGCAUAAAACGCACAGGGGCCUGACUCCAGCACAGGCAGAGCUUCAGUUCUUAGAAAAUGCCAAAAAACUUUCUAUGUAUGGUGUAGAUCUACACUAUGCAAAGGAUUCUGAGGGUGUAGAUAUCAUGCUUGGUGUAUGUUCAAAUGGACUGCUGAUUUACAAGGACAGACUGCGAAUUAACCGCUUUGCUUGGCCUAAAAUCUUGAAAAUUUCAUACAAAAGAAGCAACUUUUACAUAAAAGUGAGACCAGGGGAGAUGGAACAGUUUGAGAGUACCAUCGGUUUUAAAUUGCCAACCCAUCGAGCUGCAAAGAGGUUAUGGAAAGUUUGCGUGGAGCACCACACAUUCUUUAGGCUCUCCUCUCCUGCACAACCUCCGAAGGCCAAAUUCUUGACUUUGGGUUCCAAGUUUCGAUACAGCGGCCGCACCCAGGCACAGACAAGAGAGGCCAGCAUAAAGAUAGAUAGACCGGCCCCAUAUUUUGAACGCACAUCUAGUAAACGUGUGUCCAGAAGUCUUGAUGGAGCACCCAUUGGUGGCACAACAGACCAGAGUUUACUUAAAGACUAUUCUUAUACUAAAGCUGAUAAUGCUGUCGAUGGUAUUGUCAAGGCACAAGAAAAGGCCAUUCAAGAAGGUGCUGAGGUGUCUCCUGCUAAAAGUGCACAGUUUUUGCUUCAGAAAGAUACAAAGUCCCUGAUGAAGGAAGAAGAGGACGAAGAACAAGAAAAACAGAGCAAUUCCUUGAGAAUAGAAGGUGAAAAUAUAUAUGUCAGACAUAGCAAUUUAAUGUUGGAGGAUCUGGAUAAGACGCAGGAUGAAAUAUUGAAACACCAGGCUAGCAUUAGUGAGCUCAAGCGUACUUUCAUGGAAUCCACACCUGAACCGCGCCCUAAUGAGUGGGAGAAGCGCUGUAUCACUCCCGUGCCUAUGCCGUCACAAGGGAGCCUAGAAGAAGAAAUAACAUCAAUUUUGUUUAGUAAAGAAAGCUUUACAUGCAUGAACUUCACCUGCGCUCCAUCUACCCAGCGGCCAGCAGAGGGCAGUUUUAUGAAAGAUAGAGUAACAGCAGAUACAUUUUCUAACACUCAUUCAGCACAGCCUGAGAAUUUUAUACCCAGAGCAAGAGGAAUGCGCACUGGCCUGAGUGAUGCUCAUGAGAAUUCAGAUGAAAUGGUAGAAGAGACAAAACAGUCAGAUUCUGAUACUAGUGAACCAUCCAUUGCAGAAGAUAUCAAAGUAGGAGUUAAUGGGGAAGCUGACUCUUUCAAUGAUGCUGUUGAGCAGAGCACAGAAGUAGAAGAUAUAGAGAAGAAAGAUAAAGAAUCUUUGUCAUCGUCAGAUGGAAAUAGUGACAGUGAAAAUGAAGAAGCAGAGUACCAGACUGAAAGCAGGUGUUCUGAAGAUGUGUUAAAGGAAGAACCUCAAGAAACCCCCGAAGUAGUAGUACAGACAGAAGAGGACAACCAGGUCACCAAAGCAGAUGGUAGCUCAGUGACGGUUGCUCAUUUGGAAGUGAUAACUGAUAAUGUAACCAAAGAAGUAACAAUAACCACGUUUGAAUCUUGUGAAAAUAAUAUUACAGUUAAUGAAGAGGUCCCCCAAGACGAACAGCCUAAAAUCAAUGGAGAUGUAUCUCAUAUUGAUGUGGAUACAUCAUCUGAAAUAAUUUGUUGUUCAGAGCCUCCUGUUGUGAAGACAGAGAUGGUCACCAUUUCUGAUGCUACACAAAGAACUGAAAUAUCUACUAAAGAAGUCCCUAUUGUACAGACAGAGACUAAAACAAUUACUUAUGAAUCUGCUCAGCUGGAUGACAGUGGUGACUUAGAACCUGGUGUAUUACUAAGUGCACAAACCAUCACAUCUGAUUCUGUUCUUACCACCACAACUACACACAUCACUAAGACAGGAAAAGGUGGCAUAUCUGAAACAAGAAUUGAAAAGCGCAUUGUCAUUAGUGGAGAUUCAGACAUUGACCAUGAUGAGGCAUUAGCUCAAGCAAUAAAGGAAGCCAAAGAACAGCACCCAGAUAUGUCUAUUACUCGUGUAGUAGUCCACAAGGAAACAGAGCUCAUGGAAGAAGAAGAAGAGGAAGAUUAACUUAAAGAAACAUACAGAAUAUAUGAAGAUGGAAAUUUUUAUGAAGGAAUUUGAACCAUAUGGACUGCUACUAAAUUCACUGAAUUGUCUGGUAUUGGCAAGCAUGACGGGAAGGCAAAGAUGCCAACAUAAAACCUCAGCUUGAUAUCUAUACUGUUCCAUACCUUUCUGCUUGUUUCUCUUUUAUAACCACUUCCUAACAUUCAUAGCUUUAGCACAGUUUACAAAACACCUUACUCAACCAUUUUUCCAGAUUGUAGAGUUGUAGAGAAUUCAAAAUCCUUGUCACUAGCACAGUUUCUCUUUGUUCUUUAUUAAUGUGUCAGUUUAAGCCCCUGGAAAUGGCACUUUUCAGACUUAGUUUAUUCAAGUCAUUUCACUCUUUAGAGUAAUUGAAAAACAAAACAUUUUACACGUUUCCUAUAUUUGCAAAAUGUAUUUCACUUUCACUGGUGUUUUAUACCAAUAUUUGUACUUUAGAGAUAAAAAAGUGAAAGCCAAUUUUAGUUCUUUGUUACUAGGAGGGUUCAAUGAGGAAAUUUUUAAUUUUGUAAGGGGAUUUUAUUUGUGCAUAUUAGUAAGCAGAGGUUCAGCCAGCCUUGUGUGGUCUCUACAUUUUGUACUGCCAUAUUUGUGCUGAACUUUUCUGCUAGUUACAAUAGAUUGGAAAAAAAAGACAUCAAACAUUCCAGGAGAAAAAGAUGCAAAAAAGGAGUAUCACUGUUCCAAAAAAGGAGGAAACCUUUCUGGCAGCUUGUUACGUUUGUCCUACUUUGAAUUUGAAUAUACAUGUAAAACUUUUUUUUUUUUAAUCUGUGUUUUUUUUUUUUACAUUGCCAAAGUGGCUUGCCUGUAGUAAAAACGGGGAAAAAUCUUAUAACGGUUUAUGCAGGUUUUUAUAAUGCAAAAUGGAUGCCGUUACAGUCCUAUUGCAAACAUUGAGAACCACACACACUUUUGCCACUAAAAGAACUGUAUUUGUCUCUGUUUUUGUUUUGAUUUACAGUUGACCCUUUGUAUAGUUAAAAUGCCAAAUAGAUUUAUACCUGCUUCCAGCUGUAUUAAGAAUAUUUUGCUUUCUGUAAUACUUUUAAAAAUAAAGUUUGUUUAUUCUAUUCAA